CAGAAAAACCUUGGGGUGAAAGCCUCAAUAACAAUCAGUUCCAGAGUCUAGAUUCUAUAAUGCAACAAGAAGGCGAAGAGAAAGAUGAGAGACUAGCUAGAGAGAUACACAGAAAGUUGAACCUAGUUGACAACUCAACAGGUGCACGUGCUUCCUCCUCCACUGGUGCUGCUGCUGAGUCAGAUGAAGAGAUGGCCAGAAGACUACAGGAGCAACUUAAUAGAGGCUCUCCAAUAGUAACCCCAAGUGAGGUCACCCCAUCUUCUUCAACUAGCACGGAAACAGACGAGGAAAUGGCACGGAGAUUACAGGAGGAACUUAACAGAGAAGAUGACGAGAAUACAGCAAACGACGCGCUACUAGCAGCCAUGUUACAAAACCAAAUAGACACUGAGAGAAUGGCUGAGGAGAAGCACAGGAACGGGAAUGCUAAGGUAACCAUGAGUUCCUUCAGAGGUACCCAGUACCGUGAUCAGGAUAUGGAUGAGUUCUCUGAGGAUGAGGAAGAGAGUUUCUACGAAGUACCGGAAGUAGUGUCAGACCCGAGUCGUACUAAGCACGACAAGGCGGCUAACAUGGCCCGCAACCAGAAGAAGAUAACAGACACCUUCAACAUUGAGUUCAACACUGGUGAUUUUACAGGGAUCAAGGUGCCCCAUAAAGUUUACAACGAGCUGCAAGUUGAGGCGCAUAAGUCUAAGUUUGAUGGUGUUAGGGUGAAGGAUAGGAGGGAUAUCUCUACUCAUGAGAAAGUGUUGGACAAGAGAACGAGGGUAGUGAUGUUGAAAAUGUUGAACAGUGGGAUAGUUAAUAAGAUAAACGGUAUUAUCAGCACUGGCAAGGAGAGUGUUAUUAUACACUGUAACGGUGGCAGGCUGCCAGGGCUGGGUAACGAGUCAAUACCCGUACCAGCUGAGUGUGUAUUCAAGAUCCACAAGACCAGUUUAAACGAGUUCCGGAGGAGGAGAGAGUACUUGGAUGACAGGUACACUAAAGUGGUUAACAACAGAACAAAGAAACUAAUAGAGGUAUGGGCUAUGAAGGAAGUUAACAAUCUGAACAGGUUGAGGAGAGCGGGGAUAUUGUGUCCAGAAGUGGUGGCUCACAGAAAACAGUUGCUACUUCUCAGCUUUAUUGGAUCUAACGGUGUUCCGGCCCCGACCCUCCACGAUGCUGCCUUCUCAUCCGACCAGUUAAAAUCCGCCUAUCAGCAACUGCUAUCCGGCAUGAUGGCAAUGCACAGUAAAAGUAAGCUAGUACACGCUGAUCUUAGCGAAUAUAACUUACUUUGGUCUAACGGAGUUUUGCACUUUAUAGACCUAUCACAAGCAGUCCUUACUGACCAUCCCUCAGCUCUUACUUAUCUAUACAGAGAUUGUACGAAUAUGUACAAAUAUUUCCACUCUCGGGGGUUGAAGAAUGUCGCAGAUCCUAGGAAAAUGUUUUGUCACGUGACAGGAUUGGAAGUAGAGUACACAGAUGAAGCUACUUUUGUGGCUAGGAUAGAGCACUUACAACGAAAAGAAAUAAAAGACUUCAAGCAUGGUUCAACAGCUACUGACUACGCUUUUGAGACAUCUUUUCAAGAGACAAUCCUUUUAUCUGAUAGUGAUAGCGAAGAAGAGGAGGAAGAAGAAGAGGAGGCUAGGGGAGAAGAAAGUCAGCAGGAAGGAGACAGGGGGGAGGAGAGUUUACAAGGUAAUGCAGAACCUUGUAGCAGUACAGGACAGGAGUAAGGAUUACUGGGGGAACUUUCUGUUGAGUAGGACUUUGUGAAUGGUUUUAUUGGAGUUGGGGAAAUGUGUUAGUUUAGAAAUACUUAGUUCACAAGUGCUGUGAGUUGUAAUUGUAACAUUAGCUAUUGGGAGACUAUUUAGUUUAUUAACAGUUCCUAAAAAAUGCUAAUAGUAGGACUUAGGAGAAUCUGAUUUAUUUACUUUAGUCUGAUUUAUUUAAUUCUGAUCCUCUUGGUUGACAUUUUGACCUUUCAAAACAUUUUUAGGUAUGUACUCAUUUAUUGUAAAAAUGUUUUUAUUGUGAAAGUUAGUGAA